CUAACAUUCCUCUUACUGUAUUAGUGAUAUGAAUGGUAGCGUUCACACAGUGAUACUCUUGAGUUGAGUUUUGAGACGAAUAAUAAGAGUGAAGAGAAGCUUCUCUUCUCUCAUAAUCUCUAAGCUAUAUUUCUAUUCCAUCACUUAUGACACUUGUGUUUUAUUGCAUUCUAUGAAAAUCCAAACUUUUCAGAGACCCACAAUUCCUCUUAACCUUCAAAUGAAGAACAAGAAGAAGACCAAGAAACUUAAGGGCGCUAUCGUUUCUUCGUUCUUAGUCCGCCACCACAAUUUCGAAGAACAAUCCCACCAAACCAGGAGAAAAAAGCCACGUGCCACGCCAGCAGCUCCACCGCAGCACCGCCGGCUGUGGGUGAAGGACCGUUCCGGAGCGUGGUGGGACGAAUGCAACAGCCCCGAAUUCCCCGAACAAGAGUUCAGAAAAGCGUUCAGAAUGGGAAGAGCAACGUUCGAUUCGAUCUGCGACGACCUCAAUUCGGUGAUUGCCAAAGAAGACACCACCUUGAGGAACGCGAUUCCGGUACGGCAGCGUGUGGCGGUUUGCCUGUGGAGGUUGGCCACCGGUGACCCUCUGAGAAUCGUUUCGAAAAGGUUCGGUUUGGGAAUCUCAACUUGCCAUAAGCUUGUUCUUGAGGUUUGCAGCGCCAUCAAAACGGUUCUUAUGCCAAAGUAUUUGCAGUGGCCCAAUGAAGAUUAUUCUUUGAGGAAGCUGAAGAAUGAGUUUGAAUCUGUUUCAGGGAUUCCCAACGUUGUGGGAUCUAUGUACACAUCACAUGUUCCCAUUAUUGCCCCAAAGAUCAGUGUUGCUGCUUAUUUCAACAAGAAGCACACUGAGAGGAACCAGAAGACUAGUUACUCUAUCACUGUUCAGGGUGUUGUUGAUCCCAAAGGGGUUUUCACUGAUGUUUGCAUUGGUUGGCCUGGUUCAAUGAAUGAUGAUCAGGUUUUGGAAAAGUCUGCACUUUUUCAGAGAGCUAAUAAUGGGGGUUUACCUAAGGGUCUUUGGAUUGUUGGAGGUUCAGGGUACCCUUUGAUGGAUUGGGUUUUGGUGCCUUAUACUCAGCACAAUUUGACUUGGACACAGCAUGCUUUCAAUGACAAGAUUGGAGAGGUUCAGAAGAUUGCUAAGGAUGCUUUUGAGAGGUUGAAGAGUAGGUGGUGUUGCUUGCAGAAGAGGACUGAGGUCAAGCUUCAGGAUUUGCCUGUUGUUCUUGGGGCUUGUUGUGUUUUGCAUAAUAUUUGUGAGCUGAGGGAUGAGGAGAUGGAUCCUGAUCUCAAGUUUGAUCUUGUUGAUGAUGAAAUGGUGCCUGAGGUAGCUCUUAGAUCCAUGAGUUCCAUGAAGGCAAGGGAUGCAAUUGCUCAUAAUCUUUUGCACCAUGGACUAGCAGGGACUUCUUUCUUCAAUUGAAUACUGAAAAUUUGGGAAAGUAGUAUUCAACUAGUUCUUUUGCUUGUGUCUUUCUAUUUGUUAGUGUUGCAAGUGUGAGGAGUGUUGAAGUUAGUCGCACAUCAAAUAAAGUAAGGAAGAGUGAGGAGUUUAUAAGAUGAGAGACCAAUUAACUUGACACCUUAAGGUUUUGAGUUGGAUGUGGCGUCUUCUCAUCUUAUGUUCUCUCGCUUGAUUCAUUCCCGAAAUCUCCCCAGUGGUCGAGAGCUCUCCGCAGUUGGCCCAACACUAUUUAUGGUGAUGAUGAUAGAAUUCUCCAUCAUUGUUUCAUGAUAAAGGCUUUGUAAAAGAUAUAGUUGCCCCCUCCAACAAAUAUAUAUUGUUGUAGUCUUCAUAGGUUUAAG